CUAGGAGUUUUAAGGCUUUUCAAAGGAGAUAAGCAGGAAGGAGAUAAUUAGGAACAAAAAUACAUCAGGUCAGACCUGUUUUGUCAUCCAGUGGCUUGUAGGAGGUACUGUACUGUAUAUGAGGUGACAAUUUGUCUUUACAGCCAGAAUGUAUGUUUCACAGGCAGCAGGUGGAACAGGAAAACCAGUGAGUGCAUUAUUUUUAAAAGAGAAACGGAUUUCAAGAGGAAUUGCAUUGAUUUAUGUUGCUUUUUGGCAUAAAUGUACUGGUCAAAGGGAAAAUGUCAAUUAGCAAUGACAGAAUACGCCCUAAAGUAACCUUUGCACCACAGUAUCACUUUGAGUCCUGAAUAGGAUUUUUUUGAUGUCCACUUCUGUUUCUUUUUAAACCAGAGGCAGUUUACACUGUGAGGCAAAGGUGAAUAAUUCUUAAGAUUCCUACUGUUAGAUACCUGACUGCACUGCCGCAAUGGGUGAAUGGGGCUUCCUCGGCGGCCUCUUUGACAACCUCCAGGCCCACUCGCCGAUGCUUGGACGCUUCUGGCUCUUCCUCAUGCUUGUGUUUCGGAUACUGAUACUGGGAACUGUGGCCAGUGACCUGUUUGAAGAUGAACAAACGGAGUUUUCCUGCAACACCCUCCAGCCUGGCUGCAAGCAGGUCUGUUAUGAUGUGGCUUUCCCAAUCUCCCAGUACAGAUUCUGGGUGUUUCAUAUAGUUCUGAUUGCUACCCCAUCCAUGCUUUUCCUCAUGUAUGCUACUCAUCAUCAUAACAAAAAAGCUUCACGCCCCAUGUUGAGCAAAAGUAUCAUUCAAGACUACAAAGAAUAUUGCCGUUUGAGGAGGCUGUACAUUGUAAAUGUAAUAUUUCGAAUCGUGGCAGAAGUGAGCUUCUUGGUGGGCCAGUGGUGGCUGUACGGCUUCAAGGUGGAAGCCCAGUUUCCCUGCAGCCGCUUUCCUUGCCCAUACACAGUGGACUGCUUCACCUCCCGCCCUGCAGAGAAAACAAUCUUCCUCUGCUUCUACUUUGCUGUGGGGGUGAUAUCAGCAAUUUCCAGCUGUGCGGAGUUUUUCUACAGCUACACAAAAUGGUUUUGCUGCACCCAGGAACCCCUUGAUCUGGAACACUGCACCUGUCAGAAUCUCCAGAACGUUAGCCAAAAUGAGUCAGACAACAAGCUAGAGGGAAAGACGACGCUGGACAGUGCAGCCAGCAGAGUGAGGCUAAAGAGAGGAUCAGUGAGAAGCAGCAAGAAGGUCUCCAGCAUCAAGGGCAAGAGAGGCAAAUAUCUGAGCACCAGGACACUCAUGGUGUGAGAGGCCCCCACCAUUUUCUGUUCAGCACUGCUUUUUAAUGCUGUAUGUUAUUUCAUUUUUAAAUUCCCACUAUUUAUGUGUGACAGAGUUUCGCUGAUGGGAGACAUAACAAGGGUUAGGCUUGACUGAGAUCAGGAAAUGAGUUAAAAGCAAGACUGAUAAGUAAGGCUGGGUUGUCUUGCUGGGCUUGUGAAUCACUACAGACUCUAAACACAUGACGAGAGGGGAAAUUUGACAGAAAUAAACUUGAAAGACCUGUUUAACAUUUCCUUGAUUGUCAGAGAACUGACUCUGACAUUUCCAUUUUUGUGGAAGAAUCCACCCUCAAGUGUGCUUUUAUCAAGUGUUACUAUCCAUUACUGAAAAUGUGUGAGAUGAAAACCAUUUCUAAGUCAGUAUAGUAAGACAAUGUUGAUAUUUGAAGUAAUGUGCUUAUUUUCUUUCUUAUAGUAAGUUAGCUACUUAGCUUAGAUCUGGCUGAGUUUUAGCAUGAUGUAAAAUGCUCUAGCUUCACUAUUUUAUACAUGUGCACUUGGUCCCAUGUACUUAAACCAUGGAGUAUACGUUUAUUUUCAGCUGUAGUUAAGUAUUUUCAUGAAUUAUGGAGAUAAAAACCCUAAAUUCUGGUGUGUAUUUUCAUUUAAUUUAAAACUAUUGUCUGAAAAUUUUGUAUUAUGCUUUAUUUCCAUAAUACUUUGGUUCUGAUGACUGUUUUGUCAGCUAUUAUAAAACAUGACAGAUUAUGUCCCUUAGCUACAUUUCCUUACAGUAAACUAUAAAUAGAUUAAACAAAAUUACUUUAUAUUGCUAGUUGUCAAAGGGGGUAUGCAAAGCCCCCCUGGUUGGUACGGAUUGAAACAUCCAGUGGCUGAUGGCUCAAUUUAAUGACGGUUAAAAUCGGGUACGAAGUGACCAAAACUGUAAAAGUACAAAAUGGCUGAGGGGGGUAAAUGACCAACAUCCAUCUGAAAGCCUUGUGAGUAUACUUGUUUUUUCACAGUAAACCUCAUUAUUUAAUUUGCUGAAAAACAAACUCUGAGUUAAGAACAUAAUCUGUCAUGAUUCUCUUGUGUUCGGUUUUGAGUUUCGUUAGUGAUGUUUCCUUCAUGUUUUGUGUUCUUCAGUUGCUGUUAAUUUAGUUUUUGUUUAUUAUUAUUUCAAGGUCAUUAUUAGUUGUUCUGUUAUUCCCCUGGACUCCCUGCUCAUCUGUGGUAAUUAACCACUGGUUCCUCCUGGCUACUACCGGCUCUAUGUCCAUUGUCUCGGCUUCUCUGCCUGUUCUGUUACCAUGCCUGUGUUCCAUAUUCCACCACUGCCUGCAGGUCAUUCUGUUAUUAUCAUUAUUAUUAUAUUAUUAAUAUUAUAAUUAUUAAAAGACGACAUAACCCACCUUGUGGCUCCCACGCCAUUGUCUACAUAUUGGUCUACUAACCGCUUCAUGAUAAAAUUAAAAAAAGUCGAACUACUGGUUUUAUUUUUGUAAUGUAAAACCUGGGCUUAAUUACAAAUAGUAGCUCAGGAUUUAUUUUGUACAUGAUAUUUAUUUUCAAAAGUUCACUAUGAAAUAGCCUGAAUGAAAUAUGUUAUAAAGAGUCAUUUCCAACAUUGACUUUUGUGAGCUAAAGAGUUUUGACUCUUAAGUUGUCUGAAUGCAUGAACAAGCUCAGCAACACUUCCUGGAAUCUUCGUUGCUUUGCAUUGAACAUCAGCUGAAAGAUUACACAAUGCUUCAUUGUUCCUGCUGUGUCUGGAAUAUUGCUUUCUUUUUCUGGUUGUCACUAGUUUGAUGUUGAAAUGAUUAAACCAGCGUAUUUCAAUAUUAUAUAUAUGUUUCAAUAUUAUUUGACCUCACUGAACUUAAUGCAUCAGCAGCAGAUAGUAGGAUAGAUAUGUUAUCCCACAUUGGUUUUACAUCACAAGUCAUAUUUUUAUCUGUCUGAUUUCUACACUCUGAGGUCAUAUGUACAGGUUAUGUAAAUCUAACCAUGUCCAUAUUACAUCUGUUUUUUGUGGCACAAACUGAAAAAUCUCAAGCUGAACGUAAGAAUAUUAUUUUAAAGUAUUGUUAAUGUUCAAAAUAAAAAAAGAUAAUGUUA